GCUCAGCUGCGCUUCGAUUCGACAAACUCGCGGCUGGCACAGCACUCGAAAGUAAGUCGGCAAGCUCGAACAAUGUCUUGGUCCAGGAUUGACAGUGCUUCUUGGUUGCUUUUCCGCAAGUGAGCCUCCAUCGUAAUGUCUCUUCAACCAUUUCCACGCUGUUGACAAUGGGAGACCAGCCUCUAACCGCUACUCUUCGGUGGGACAUGGCCGGCCCCUCGCUUCAUGGAUUCUCUGCUCUUCGGCAAAACUUUACAGACAUCGGUUUGGUUCCUGGGAGAGUGCACGAACACCGUAUCGCGUGGCUUCCCGGCGAAGUGUCCUGGAGUCUUGAUGCCUCGAACAGCACGCCAGUAUUCUUUGCGAGACGCGAACCAGAAUGGAAACGCGGCACUUUGCCGCACGCUCCCACCGCCCUAUCCUUUCGUCACUAUUCCAACGGCGAACAAUCCGUCUCUAUGGGCCCUCCGCUUUCAGAGUCUUCAAUCGCGUACAUCAUCUUCGUGAGAGCUUUUUUCAACUCCAGCCUGCCGGAGAGAGGGCUGUCUUUCGAACAACGUUGUUCGCGGGCUCAAAGCGGCAUUUCGCCAGUGUGCAUCACCGACGACCUCACUCUGCGCAGCAGCGACUCGACUCCGUUCCCUCUUGCCGCACUCAAGCCGAUCGACAUCGUCUCUCCCUCCCCUUCAGCGAAGAAAUGGAGUGCGGACCUUUUGAUCGUUCUUGCAUCUCUCUUCGCCUUGGUUCUGGGUCAUGCUUUCGUGCACCGAGCCUUGAAGCACCGUCGAGCCGUCUUGAUGGAUCGAAUGCGUAAAAGUAGCGCCCAGGAACCAGGACCGACCUCCAGCAGGGCAGCGGCCGAUCCUUUUCUUGACCAUGUGGAAAAUGAUCAGACCCGUCAACGGGAGAAGAGGUUGACGGGAACAGUGGCCGAUUGGGAUGAUCUUGGUCUAUUUGAGCGUCAAAUAGCCUUCGUGAUUGGAGAGGAGAAAGAUGAUCCUAGCACACCACGUGUUUGCUCAUGGAGUAGAGAUCCCUUUGCAGACGACGGUCAUGCUGAUAUUGGCACUUCGUCACCGGCGAAUGCUGAGGAUGUACGAGGGUCCCCCUUCACCCUCUUCAGUCGCAGUUUCGAGCUUCAGCGUCUCGCCACUCCAGAGCGUGAGUCAUCGAUCAAGUGAUCCCAUAUCACUCUGCGACUGACGUGAACAUUGCCUCCAGCCUCCUCGAGCAGUCCUCAGCUUUCAACCAAGGCGUCCACGCUGGAGCUCAUGAGCCCGCGCAGAUCUCACAGCCAUGUCAGCGUUCUCGAUCUGUAUCCGAGCCUUCGACUUAUCGAGUGGUCCGAGGAGGCUCACGUCGAAGCGCAAGAUUCUCAAGCCUCUUGUGCAGAAGGUGGGCUUGCUUCGGGUCGACCCCAACACGAUGAAGCGCUUGCGCCCGCCGUGCCAAGAAGCUUUCUAGAAGCAAUCAGGGGGCACCUUCACAAUAUGAUGUUUACCCCAGGUGCGACGCGCACCACGGCUUCUGGUGCUCGCAGAGUCGACUACUUGGACGGCCUGCGCGGCAUGGCUUGUCUCCUGGUAGCCACACAUCAUUGGUUGCUCAUAUUUUGCUACUCGUUCGCCGCUUGGACACCUUCGACGCCUGCUCAGUACCCGAAGAUGGCAGAGCUGUU